AUGCUUUGAAAUGACGCCAUAAUGGCCUUAACAGCGUAAAGUGAUUGUGUAUAUUCACUAUAUUUGAGUUUUGUUCUUCUGAGCACUGAGGUUUGUAAAGAGGAAUGGAUCCUGAAUACGAAAAAAGACUUUUGAGACAACAAAAUGGCCAGAUGUCACCAUUUGGAUCUCCAAAUUUAAGUCCAGUUGUGUCACCAAACAAGAAAAUAUAUGGAGAUCGAUUCAUUCCUUCACGCACCAAUGCUUGCUGGCAUAUUAGCUUUGAUUUAGUUCAGGAAAGCAGUGUGCAGGCACCACCUCAGACCAGAAAGGCUAAAGAGGCUAAUUCGGAUAGUGCUAAGGAUGGAUUAGCCUAUUCCUGUUUACUGAAAAACGAGCUGUUGUCUGCAGGCAUCGAAGACCUUAAAGAAGUUCAGGUGGAGGAGAGGAAAGUGCUUACUCCCAAAGAAACUAAGAACCUGUUCAGGUAUAACACUCCUCGCCGCUGUGCAGAUGGCUGUGAUGCUUCACCUUACUCCCUCUCACCAGUUGGUAGCAAGAGCCAGAAGCUUCUGCGUUCUCCACGCAAAGCAGUAAGAAAGAUCUCAAAAAUACCCUUCAAAGUACUUGAUGCCCCCGAACUUCAGGAUGACUUCUAUUUGAAUCUUGUGGACUGGUCUUCACAAAAUGUCCUUAGUGUUGGACUGGGUACUUCAGUUUACCUGUGGAGUGCAUGCACAAGCCAGGUGACAAGGCUGUGUGAUUUGUCUCAAGACAGUGACACAGUAACUUCUGUAUCAUGGUCGGAGAGAGGACAGCAAGUGGCUGUGGGUACCCAUAAGGGCCAUGUACAGAUUUGGGAUGUCGCUGUAAAUAAAAAAAUUACUACACUAGAGGGACAUGGUGCACGAGUUGGGGCUUUGGCAUGGAAUGGGGAUAUCUUAUCAUCAGGAAGCAGGGACAGACUUAUACUACAGAGGGAUGUUAGGACUCCAUCUGUGGUUCCAGAACGUCGGCUGGCUGGUCAUAAGCAAGAGGUGUGUGGGUUAAAAUGGUCACCUGACCACCAGCAUCUCGCAUCAGGUGGAAAUGACAACAAGCUGUUUGUUUGGAACUUGACCAGCAAUGGGCCAGUGCAGACAUACACAGACCACCAAGCAGCAGUAAAAGCUAUUGCAUGGUCCCCCCACCAGCAUGGUUUGCUGGCAUCUGGUGGGGGCACUGCAGACCGAUGUGUACGGUUCUGGAACACACUCACUGGUCAACCUUUGCAGUGUGUGGACACUGGGUCGCAGGUGUGCAACCUCGCAUGGUCCAAACACUCCAAUGAACUGGUGAGCACUCAUGGCUAUUCACAGAACCAGAUCCUGCUUUGGAAGUACCCAUCACUUGUGCAGAUUGCAAAGCUCACCGGCCAUUCAUAUCGGGUGCUUUACCUUGCCAUGUCACCUGAUGGCGAAGCUAUAGUUACUGGAGCUGGUGAUGAAACUCUUCGCUUCUGGAAUGUAUUCAGCAAAACCAGAUCCACUAAAGUGAGUGAGUCCAAGUCAGUCUUGAAUCUCUUUACAAGGAUUCGAUGAGGGCAGCAGAUCAGUAACCUAUAAGCCAGUUUUGUGUAUGUGUCUGUGAGAGAGAAGGAAAAAAAAUUUAAAUUGUGUGCAUGUGUGAGUGACAUAUACUACGAGGAUGAUGAACACAUCUGUGCAAUAAAGCACCCAAUGUCUGGCAUUCGGCUAGAAAUGGUGUAAUAAAAGACCUUGAGGCAUUCGUUUAAAGAAAAGAUUAUUGCAGCAUUUUUAUUUCAUGGGGAAACCAUACAGGAUAUGUUGUUGACAUUUUGUUAUGAGCAUUAGAAUGUUGUUAUAUCCUGAUUUAUUUAGUAAACUCUUUUGAGAGGACAUUAAAGUAUAUAAAACUUUUACGAAGGAAAGUUACAUGAAUUUUUUUUUUAAGUAUUUAUCUGCUGUCUGAUGGGACUAUCGAGUCUUUCCAAAUGUUUGGGGAUCAGAAAGUUUACCUUUUGUGUUAUUUUCUUGGAAUGCCUUUUCUUCCUUGUGUGCUUAAGAAUCUUAAAGAACCAAAAACACCUGAUGAUAUGGUGGUGUACAUCUUGUGUGAUAUGUAUUUUGUUUGUGAAUGUUUUGUUUUCAAGUGUUAUUUCAGACUGAUGAAAUGUCUGAACUGAAAUUAGUAACAUCUUUCACUAAAGCUAGUGAGCUACUGCUCUGUGUAGGAAACUGGGUCUUGGAACUAAUUGCCUUUAGAUCAAAGAGAUCUUUGAUGAGUCAGUGAUGACCUGAAAUUAGAACUGUUGAGUAUGGCUACAUGGUGUGCGCUUGUUUGAUCAUGUGACUAUAGUUCCUCUAAUCAGAGGUUUGGAUUUUUGUGCCAUUUGUGCAAAGUAGUUUUGCAUGAGACUCUCCAGUGUGGAGAGUGUGAGAUAGUAGCUGAAUCUGUGUUUCAUGUAAAUUUCUAAAGAUGCAAAUACUGUAUCUUGAGAUACUGAGUUGUAAAAGUCAGCUUGUUCACAUUUGCUAGUAAGAAAAAGGUAUUGUAGGUAAGAACGAGUUCACCUUGAUGUGGUACAAGUGGUAAACAUGGAAAGGGCAAGGGUCUGAGUAACUGGCUAAAGGUUGACCUAACUUCUUACAUAAUAUUAGUCUUCUGUGAACUGAUAGGACGUGAACAUGUAACUUGAAAAGUUUUUGAUUUGUGCAGUGGGACAACAUCUAUGAAAUAUUGACUCAUGUGUCAGUUAAAUGUUAAAACCUAUUUUUCAUCAUGACAUAAUUAUGCUGCACGUUUAAAAAAAAAGAAUUUGCUUUGGGUAACUGUUUUAGCUUUUCUUGCUUGUAAUAUUGAAGAAUGUAUCCUUUGGAGUGGGAGUUGAACUUAGUGCUGCUAGUGGUGUACAUGAAAGUUUAGUCUGAGAUGGAUGAUUAAGGAGACAACAUAUUUGCAUGUCCUCUCAUGUAAUUAUGCAUUUCACCGAUCAUGAAAGCUUAGGGACUUAAAGCUUAGGGAUUCAAUUGGACUGAAUCUUUAGGCAGGAUUCUGGAUAGAAUAAUUGUGAAUUCGUCAGUGAUAAAGGUUGACCAUGCCUUUGGCCAUGCGCCUGUGGAUUUAGAUAUCCAGCACGAUGUUGCUGUCACUUCAUUUUGUGAUGAAAGGAGUUUAGAUUUCUGAGAAAGGAAUAGCAUAGUUUGAUCAUGGCUACUUAAUUGUACAAUUUUAGAUUGUGGCUUUUUUUUUUAACUUUUACUUUAAGGAUGUGGAGGAAAAUGGAAGAUUUACUCCUUGUUAAUAUAAAGUUGUUGAUUUUGUUGCAGUUUCUUAUUUUUAAAUGUUAUCUUCCCAUAUUUUUUUCUGUUUGCAUAAGUAAAUUAUUAAAGUAAACUGCAUGGCAAUAGGAAUUUGCAAGCAGUUUAAAGUCUUAAACAAAAGAACAUUAAGUUGUCUAACAUUGUUUUAAUUUUGGCAAGACAGUCGUUACCAGCCUGGAGACUGGUAAUCUUGUGGUUUGUUGAUUUUGUCCGAAAAUUUACAGCUGUCAUUUUUUGUCUCCCUUUUCCGUGCAUGACAGUCCACCAAGUUAAUCCUUAUAGCAGCAGCUACUUCAGGCCACACGUAGGGCAGAAACUGUGUUUUGUCCGAAAGUUCAGCCGAAAAAGAUUGUUUGUAGAGUGUGAUCGUCUUUAGAUGGAACGAAGAGCAAGUGUGGUUACUGCAAGUUACGAUUAUAAGGGACGCGGCACACUUGCUGUGGGGGUGCCUGCCAGCUUGUUUGAGUCACAUCGUGCGACAGCACUGCCGUAACCAGAUUACCUUGAUGCAACACGAUGCAAACCUGAAAUAAAGCAUUUGUCAUACUCAAA